AUGUCCAAUACUGCUUGUCUCAGGAUCCGCUCAUCCCUCAACAGCAAUAUUGUCAACAUUUUUCAGAUGUUCAAUGAGUAUCCAGUACAGACCGGGGCAGGAGGUGGUAAUAUUGUGCUGUUUCUCGAGAGCUUCAAGGACAAGAUCAAAGGUUGGGGAGACAAUGAUUUAUUGUUCAGUGUGGUUGAGGAGAAGGACAGCCUUGAAUUUGUGGGGACAAUAGCACUGUGGAACAUUUAUGGCAUCAAAAAUUGUGAUGCCAAUCUCGGGCUCACUCUCAGAGAGGUGUCCUGGGGGAAGGGCUAUGGAACAGAGUUGAUGACCUGGCUUGUGGAUCACGGUCCGAGGGAGGUAUUCGGGAAGCUUUGGGGAGAUACCGAACAGUGCUCAACAAGUACCGAAGACACCGACUUUUACCGAACAUGGAGGGUUACGAUAGGUGUUUACGAGAUCAGAGCCAGUAUUCAGUAUCGGCCGAUGUUCUCUGUGAGUCGGUUGGUCCUUAUCGCUUAUCUUCCUGACUUCCACAUGGUUGGUCAAAAUGCAAUCUUGCACCAUUACUUGGCCACCCUAGUCGUACAAUACCUCUUCUCUAUUUUCACUGGUUCUCCAACGCCUGUUCCUGCUACCUACGCUCGGGCAAUGGAUCCCGAACGUUCGGGAUUUUGCCAUUGCUGA